GCGCUUCUUCUGAACACGUUUUCCUCUGAUUAACAACGUAUAAUCAGACAUUUCUUCAAGUUUGCGUUGUCCACAGAUGUCGCGACAGCAGUGUGGAAAGUGGAAGGGCAGGGAGGAUGAAUGCCCACUCUUUUUUCUGACAUAAGUUUAAAAACUGCUUGCCAGGUCUUUUGGGGAGACCGGCACCAGCGCGAAGAGCAAGGUGAGGGCUUUUCACAUUAUGGAAGAAUGACCAUGCGAUGUUUAUCGCUGCGACUAAGACGAAAGCAGUUCCUUCCCUCCUUCCUGUCAUUGCUGACUGUAUGCGUCCUGCUAUUGGUCUGUGUCAAGCACAGCUACAUCACUGAACCUUCACAUAUUGCUACGGACAUGCAGAUAAUUCCCAAGUACAAUAUUGAUUGCUCUGCUAUUUAUGACAUGGACCCAGUGGAGGUGGGGAAAUCUCUGCUAAUCAAAAAGAAAGACGUUGUAGAGAGUAAAGAUGAAAGUCUAGCUUAUCUUACCUCUAACUGUACUUUAUUCAGAAAGUACAGGGGUUAUGAUAAUGUGUGUGUCACAGAAGAGGAGCAAGACUUUCCUAUUGCUUAUUCUUUGGUUGUGCAUAAAUCUGCCUGGAUGGUAGAGAGACUCAUCAAUGCACUGUACUCACCCAGUAAUAUCUACUGUAUCCACUAUGAUCAAAAGUCCUCUGCUCAGUUCAUAUCAGCCAUGGAGGGUUUGGCCCAGUGUCUGCCCAAUGUCUUCAUUACCAGCAAGAAAGAAUCAGUAUAUUAUGCAAGCAUUAGCCGAUUAAAGGCUGAUCUCAACUGUCUGUCUGACCUUUUGGGUUCAGAAGUCAAGUGGAAGUAUGUCAUCAACCUCUGUGGCCAAGACUUCCCUCUCAAGUCCAACAUGGAGCUAGUGUCAGAACUAAAGCAACUGAAUGGCAGAAACAUGUUAGAGACGAGCCGACCCACACCAGCUAAGAAACAACGGUUCACCUUUCACUAUGAGCUGAAAGAUGCCAGCUUUGAAUAUCAAAAACUGCCAGUGAAAACAGAGUAUGUAAAGAACCCACCACCACACAAUAUUGAGGUGUUCUCUGGAAACGCCUACUUUGUACUUUCCCGGAAGUUCAUUGAGCAUAUGAAUGCCUCAGGUGUAGUGAAAGAUUUUUUGUCCUGGUCAGAGGACACCUACUCCCCAGAUGAACACUUUUGGGCAACACUUGUGCGACUGCCAGGUGUCCCUGGAGAGGUGCCUAGAUCCAAGCCUGAUAUCACAGACCUGAUGAGCAAAACCAGGCUGGUGAAGUGGCAGUACCUGGAGGAGCAGCUGUACCCACCGUGCACAGGGACACAUGUUCGCAGCGUUUGUAUAUUUGGUGCUGCGGAAAUGCGUUGGUUGCUGAACUAUGGCCACUGGUUUGCCAAUAAGUUUGACCCCAAAGUGGACCCUGUACUCAUUCAGUGCCUUGAGGAGAAGCUGAAGGAAAAGCAGAAGCUAUAUCAAUCAGUGUCACUGACUUGUCGUAAAGGUUAAAUGAUGGCUAAAAUGGAUCAGGAACAAAUAUUAUGUUCUUUCAGUGAUUUUUCAAAUUUGACUGCUAUUUCUUAUACAUCAUUACCUUUGAAGUUACAAAUCAACAUAAUUGAUUAAUUAUAAUGAGCUAUAAGUAAUAGCGAAGGGGACUAAUCACUGUUUUCUGGUCUUUUAGAAACGAAAGUUUAAGUGGGAAAGACAAAAUGCAGCGUUGAGAUAUGAAAAUGGUGUUUACAGCUCUAAUAUGUUGCAUCAGCACUGUUUGUUUAAGGAAAGGCCUGGCCGAGCUGCAUUCUUUUCUCAGGGUGUUCUGUCUCACUUGAGUCAGUUGUUUAUCUACAAAGACAAUGUUGGUUUUAUGUAUUCAGUUUUUAAGAGAUUUAUUUCUUAGAUUUCUGUCUUCACAGAAAAGUCCAGUUUACAAAAAACACACCCAUGAGGAACAUGUCUUAGCAGAAACAGUCGUCUGCUUCUCAUUGUGAAUGGGGGAAAACAGGGAUAAUAUUUGUUUUUGUUAAUUGGUUGAAUGAAACUGUAAUGAGAGGUAAUUAUACAAUAAUGAAUGGUUACAUUUUAAAAGCUAACAUGCGCUUACCUGUUUCUGACCGAUUCCCUUUUCCUCUGAUACAUGUGUUAACGUUUUACUACAGAUUCAGUUUUCGGAUCAUUCUGAUGGUGCUCUUGCAAACUAUAAUAACAAAAUAUUAUUUCCUCAACACACAACAUGCUAUCUGGACAGCGCCUUUUUCCAUGAAAUGCAAUGGAACACAUUGGAUUGGUUUUACACAGAAUACUGUGUAAAACAGAGGAGAGGUCAUCUAUUCUAUGUCAUCUAUUCCUCACAAACAAAUCAAGAGCUAAUUUGUUUGCAACAAUCAAACUGGUGGAUGGAUACAAGCUGCUUUAGUAAGGGUUGAUUCCAACUAUAUAUGUAAUGCAGGUUUGCAUCAAACUAUAACGUAAAUUGGAAAAAUAAACAGCCUCUCAGUGUUAGACUGUAUAUAAAAGAUUAACAGAACUUGUUAGGUUAUAAAAGUAAAGGUCAUGGAGGAAACAAAUGCAGUAUGUGCCUGUUGAUGGGGAAAUAAGCCCGAUGUUCAUCUGAUAUGGCUUUAUCAAGUGACCUGCUUUAAACAUGUCCUUAAAUAGUUCCUUGUGAUUUUCUAGUCUUUGAUGCUUGAAUUGAGUUGAAUACAACAAGGUGUUCAUUUUACAAAUUAUGGUCCUCAAAUAAAGUGAAAAAUU